CGGGCAGACAGACGCCAACCAGAACUAGAACCACCACCUAUCCUUUCCUUCCUCAGUCCUCACGAUGCAGACCACCGCCGUGGUGGCGGCGGCGCUGCUGCUCCUCCUCUCCGCCUUCCCGCGCUUAGGCUCAGCCACGGCCGCCGCCGCCGACACCAAUACCAACACCAACCAGACGACCAGCGGCGGCAACGGCACGGGCUGCGCGCCGGCGCGGUGCGGGGGGCUGACCAUCACGUACCCGUUCUCGCUCGUGGGCGCGCACCCAAUCUACUGCGGCUUCCCGGCCUUCCAGCUGACGUGCGACGCCGCCGCCAACCGCACGUACCUCAGCAGGACGUUCAGGGACCGCCUCUACCGCGUCCUCCACAUAUUCUACGGCAACAGCUCCCUGGUGAUGGCCGUCCAGGCCACCUUCGCCGGCGACGGCGGGUGCCGCGUGCCCGACUUCAACGUGUCCGCCAGCCUCGCGCUCCUGCCCGUCUACAUCAGCGCCGCCAACAGGAACCUCACCUUCGUCUACGGCUGCGACGUCCCUCCGCGGCUCCGGCUGCAGCCGGCGUGCGACAACACUACUAUGGGGGCGUACACCUCCGACGACGACACCACCGAGCCGCUCGGUUCGAUCAACUGCAGCAGCGUGAGCGUGCCGGUGCGCUGGAUCGAGCGCGGAACGGAGCCCGGUCGUCGGCUGAACUACUCGGAGCUGAUCGGGGAAGGGUUCCUGCUGGAGUGGCCGCCGAGGUCGACGGCGGAAUGCGACGAGUGCAAGGAGCGCGGCGGGGAGUGCAGAUUCCCCGAUAUUUCGUUCCAGUGCAUCUGCCGCGACGGGAGACCCUGCCGACGCUCUCGCGGCACUCUGGCUCUGGGAAUCAAAAUCGGCGCAGGAGCAGGAGCAGCCCUUCUGUUUCUGAUCAUACUGGGCGCUCUGUCUCUUCUCAUGCUACACAAACGAAGGAAGAGAAAACGAUCUGCGUCACUGGUCGGGCUCAUCCGUGAUGGGAAGGGGACGCCAUUGGCAUCGCUCAGGAAAGAGUUGAGCAUGACCGGGUCGCCGCGUACGCACAUCUUCACUUACGAAGAGCUCGACGAGGCCACCGACGGCUUCAGCGACGAACGCGAGCUCGGCGUCGGCGGCUUCGGCAGAGUCUACAAAGGGACGCUGCGGGACGGGAACGUGGUGGCGGUGAAGCGGCUGUACAAGAACAGCUACAAGAGCGUGGAGCAGUUCCAGAACGAGGUGGAGAUCCUGUCGCGGCUGCGCCACCCCAACCUGGUCACGCUCUACGGCUGCACCUCGCCGCGCAGCAGCCACGACCUGCUCCUCGUCUACGAGUACGUCCCAAACGGCACGCUCGCCGACCACCUCCACGGCGCGCGCGCCUCCUCGGCGACGGGGUCCGCCGCGCCGCCGCUCUCGUGGCCCGUCCGCCUCGGCAUCGCCGUGGAGACGGCCAGCGCGCUGGACUACCUCCACGCCGUGGAGCCGCACCAGGUGGUGCACCGCGACGUCAAGACCAACAACAUCCUCCUGGACGAGGCGUUCCACGUGAAGGUGGCCGACUUCGGGUUGUCCCGGCUGUUCCCGGCGCACGCCACGCAUGUGUCCACGGCGCCGCAGGGCACGCCCGGGUACGUCGACCCCAUGUACCACCAGUGCUACCAGCUCACCGACAAGAGCGACGUGUACAGCUUCGGCGUCGUGCUCGUGGAGCUCAUUUCCUCCAAACCCGCGGUGGACAUGAGCCGCGCCGGCGGCGACGUCAACCUGGCCAGCAUGGCCGUGCACAUGAUCCAGUGUUACGAGAUCGACCGCCUGGUAGACCCGCGGAUCGGGUACCGGACGGACGGCGGGACGAAGCGGGCGGUGGACCUCGUCGCCGAGAUGGCGUUCAGGUGCCUGCAGCCGGAGCAGGACGUGAGGCCGCCCAUCAGUGAGGUGUUGGGCGCGCUGAGAGAGGCGCAGAGGAUGGAGCAGGAUGGCUGCGCCAAGGCCAAGGAUGACAUGGGGUUGCUGAAGAAGAGCAGGGACGGCUCGCCGGACUCCGUCAUGUAUCAGUGGACGAGCCCAUCAACCACUACCCAUAACAGCAGUUGAGGGUUCAAAACGAAACACAGUAAACUGUGCAGUUUGUUCUGUCACUUAGGCCUUGUCAACAUGUACAGUGUCUAUUUUUGAUGAUCCAUUUAUGUAUAGUAAUAUAAUUUUAUAAGCUAACUGAUGGAUUUGGUUUCAUAUCAAAAUUUCAACAGAGCAAACAC